UUGUUAGCAUAAUGGCAUGUAUAAACAGAACUAACCAAAUAAUUAAAAAACUCAAAGGAAGCAAACAACAGCUCCUGGAGGAGAUAAAUGAAAGGCGUGAAUCCAACUGCUUCGUGGAAAGAAGCAAUCAAGUCAGCCUACUGAGAGCUCAGAAGAGGCAUUUCAAUGCCUGCAGGUUGCCUGAUCAUAGCAAGACCAAAGAAUCUGUUCCAGACACUGGCAGGAGCUCCUGGGUCAAACUGAGUCGCCUUGUUCACACAGAGAAGAAGCACUUUCCACCAAAAAAUAAUGCCAUAUUUGGAUAAAGUGUGUCUCCAAAGAUAUACAGAAGUGCGCUCUCUUUGAUCCUUCCUCAAUGUCUAAGUUAUUUAUAAACUGUUAAUUAUAAAAGUUGCUAAGCAAAAUUAUUCACAAGAUCACCAAAAAAAACCCAUUUGAUUAAGUCACUUAAAAGAUACUACAUCUUUAUUCAUUCUACUCCAUUAUUUAGACU